CGGUUACCUUUGCCGUGCAAAAUAUCGUCCUUUCUGUUCAGCAUGAUGAAAACCCGUGACGUCGACUCGAGCCUGGAAGCGUAGGCGAAUCGAAACUAUGCACCAGUCUACCGGUCCCUAACGUUGAAAAUAUUCGAGAGUAACACGAUCGGGGCGAAAUGAAUAACUCGCCGCAAAACAGUACGGAGCUGGUGGUAACUCAUCGCUCUGGCCUAGACAGCAGCGACGAGGAGGAAUGGAGCGGGGCAGUUCUUGAAAGAUCGAAAUCGGAUCGAAUACCUCGUGCCGAUGAAGACAGACGACGAAGAACUAUCAUAGUUGAGAAAAAAAAUGGGACCUACGGUUUCACGUUGCAGAGCUAUGGUAUCCACUAUAAACGAGAGCAAGAAAUAGAGAUGGUGACUUAUGUCGAUUACAUCGAGUACGAUGGUCCGGCUUUCAAAGCUGGAAUGCGGGAAGGUGAUGUGAUCCUUUCUAUCAACGGGCACGAAAUGGAUCGUGCUGAUCACAAGACUCUGGUCAGUUUUAUCAAAAACUGCGACGCCCGGAUGCGCAUGGUCGUGCUGUUUGAGGAUUGCGUAAAAAAGGUCGAAUUGCACAUGCGUUACAUCGAGCUGCAGCGCGCGUUGCAGUCCCGAUUGACCGAGUUGGAACGAUUGUGCGAACGGGAAAGAUCCAUACUUAUGGGUAGGUGGAAAACCCACUCACUUCCAGCCCGGAAACGAACCCCUAGUACCGUAACAACGACCAGCAACCAAAGCCAACCCUCGCCGUCAUCUAGCUUCGCAUCGCCACCAACACCCUGCUGCAGACCAGCGGCUUCGACGGAACACCUUCUUCUUUACAGCGUGUACGCCGAUGGGAGGCCAUGUCUAGUACCUCGGAGUGCGGCUUGUCUGGUGACGAUUGGUCCGCCUAGAUCUCGCAGCGACCAUCAUCACUUCCUAUCCAAAGGAGGCACGAGUGAGAUACAAAUCGGAGUAUCGUCCCGGUACAGUUAUCACCAAGCAAACGGACUAAUCACCUCCAGCAGUGGUGGAUGCCCGAAGGGCCAAGCCCAGCAGCUUCCCAAAACUAAUUCUCAACAGCAGACACAGCAGCAGUGCUCAGCCGGUUCUGAAUCUCAAAGCGCGCAGCAUCCUUCCUCUAGCAACGGACUAUGCGUCGCCUGUAUUCCCGGAUCAGGGGGUCGCAGGGAACCGUCCGAGGGCGGCAGCCUUGAUGCCUACGAUCUAGCAAGCCCCUGCUGUGACCCGAAUUGCGUGCCGAGCAGGAGACGGAGGGAGAAGCAACGGCGCGCUAGAAACGAACAAAACGCCCAACAGCAACAGCAACAACAACAGCAGCAGCAGCAACAACAGCAGCAACAGCAACAGCAACAACAACAGCAACAGCAACAACAGCAACAGCAACAGCAGCAUCAACGGGAGCAGCACGUGACCCACGCUUGCUCGAGGGCCUCAGGUCAUAGUUUGCAUUCGAUAACGAGCAGCGAAGUAUCGACGGUUGCGGACAGCGUGGCUUCAUGUUCGACGUCCCUGAGCACAGACACGCUUUACUGGGACCCCAGCCUGCACCAGCGUCCGCCACCGUGUCUUCAGUACGCGAAACCAAAGUCGUGGGACAACCUGACGACUAAGGCAUUCGGAGGCUACGGUUUCGGGUACGGAUACCUCGACACAGGUACUAUAAAGACCCACAGCGCCGAAAGACCGCCGAAGAGCGGUUCUCACUCGAGGUCAAAGACGCCCUCCGCCGCAUCGACGGCAACCGGAUCGCAGAGGUCCGGGAGAUCAGCCACGGCCGUUUACGCGGUACACCCGCAGCAUGGUUCGGCGAGCCAUUCGGCCCACGGAGUCCGGCAAUUUCAGCCCACCAAAUCCACGGAGAGUCUUCUUCUACCUCCCACGGCCUACCUCCAGGGGGACUUGGACACAGCUAGUCACAGCUGCGAAUGCCUGGACGGACCAAGUCCAAGGUUUGUUCAGGUACUGUUGGAGAAGCAUAAGAGACAGGAGGAGGCUGCCUAUGCCAGCAGUGCUGUUAACCACGCUCAGGCCAGGCAUAGAAGAGCCAGUCAUUCUGAGGCUAAGCUCAGGUCGGCUGUGAAUAACUCCGAAGUAACUCGGCUGUAACGUGUAUAACGUAUUAGAUUAAUUGUCGGAAAGAUCAUUAUCGAUGGGACGAAUCUGACGAGUCUGCAUCGAGGAAUGGGUGAAUUUCAGUUACAGCUCAUAAUGUUCGCUUGUCUCGUGAUUUUUAUACUUGCUUAGGUGAUUAUAUAAUGUUGUUUAGGAAUUUUGAGCGGGCAUCUGUGAAUCGACUUGCGUCAUUUUUACUCCGCAAUCCUAUUGAUUAAACAGUUUUUUUACAAACAGUAAAUUAUCAAUAAAUAAAUAGUGAUAAUGGUAAAGAAAUGCGGUUCGCCAACACUGUUAUGUAUAGAUAUAAUAUAAUGUAAAGUAUAUUAUAGGUUCGCGUUUUUAAAAAUACAAUAAUGUAUUCCUAAUAAGCCAUCGUACAAUCAACGUAUAAUUAUAUUGAUAAAAAAGCAAGGAGACAACGAUUAAGUCUUCAAUAUACAUCGAUUUUCUUAUGAGGUUUUUCACGCCAUAGGAUACCAGUUUCACAAGUAGCCAUCUUCUAAUCUUCACAUCUGCGCAUCUUCGCAUUAAAAUCUGAAAAACUGUUGUUCGAAGA